UACCUGCACGUUGCGUCCAGCAGGUGGCGGUGCUGCCUCUUUAAACACUACCCGAAUGGUCACUUCUGUUUCCCGACGUCCUCUGCGGCUGUGCAGCCCUUCAGACUAAAGGACACUGAGGGAUUAUAGCGGAAUAUCUCUGAGCAAGAUAUCCAGCAGCUGAAGAUGUCUGAUCAUAUCGAUGAGAAGCUCAAGAACUACAGGACGGCUCCGUUCGACGCCCGCUUCCCCAACACCAACCAGACCCGCAACUGUUUCCAGAACUAUCUGGAUUUCCACAGAUGUAACAAAGCUCUGUCCGCCAAAGACCAGGACACAACUCCCUGCAUGUGGUACCAGAGGGUCUACAAGAGCCUGUGCCCCAUCAGCUGGGUUCAGAAAUGGGACGAGCAGGUGGAGGCGGGAUCUUUCCCCGGGAAGAUCUGAACAAACACAUUCCUCUCCAUCCAUCUUUACCUUUUAUCCACUGUAGUAUCUUAACAUGAAGCAUCUGCUUUUUCUGUACAGAAGCAACUAAAUAAAUUAUAUAAUGUUAC